AUGGAUCAAUCUGGACAAUGUAUGGGACAUCCAAUACAUGAAGUCAUUAAUCGAACAACACCUCAAUCAGAAUGGAAAAUAUUUGUUCCUUCAGAAGUUGACCCAUCAAUUCAAAAAUUGUCUGUUCCUGAAGUAAGGUUGAAGCUUCAAGAGAAAAAUUUGGAUUUCACUGGAAAUAAACUAUACAGUUAUCCCGUUUCAGACAAUAAUUCUCUGUUGCUAAAUAAUAUGAAUUUGAAUAACCUCUUGGAUGAAAAAUUGGAACCUGGAUUUUCUCUAAAGAGAUAUAUGUUAAAAGAACUUCAAAGACUUGUUAAAACUGACGAAUUAGAAGCUGAAAAUAAUCCUUCUCUUCAACAUCACAAAAGACAGGCGGUUUAA